AAAGAGCUUAGUCAGUUUGGCACAGGCUAGGAAGAGAGAUGGCUGUGUUGAAUGCACGCAGUGUCCUGGUGACUGGGUCCAAUCGGGGUAUUGGCUUGGAGCUGGUCAAACAGCUGGUUGGAAAAAGUAACCGGCCAGAAUGGAUCUUUGCCACCUGCCGGGACCCAGAGGGACCACGUGCCCAGGAAUUGAAGAAUUUGGCUGCUAAGCACCAGGGAGUAGAGAUUCUUGCACUGGAUACUUCCGAGCCAUCUAGUGUCAAGGCUGCUGCAACCCGAGUCACAGAGUGGUUGAAGGGAGCUGGGCUAAAUCUUCUGAUAAACAAUGCUGGGAUUUUAAAGCUAAGCACUCUGGAAACAGAGACACCAGACAGUAUGGCUGAGGUAUACAAAACCAAUGUGAUUGGUAGCAUGUUGGUGACUCAGGCAUUCCUGCCCUUGCUGAAGAAGGCAUCUCAGGAAAGCCCCCAGAAAGGGAUGAGCUGCAGCAAAGCUGCCAUUAUCAAUGUAUCCAGUGAAGCCGGUUCCAUUAAAAAUGUCCUUGUAUGGAAUGAAGGGCAAAUCAUUGGUUACCGUUGUAGCAAGGCUGCUCUGAACAUGCUCACCCGGUGCCAGUCCCUGGGAUACGCCAAAGACAACAUCCUGUGCAUUACAUUGCAUCCUGGGUGGUUACAGACAGACAUGGGAAAUAAAUUGGGGCAGCCCCCACUGACUGUGGACUGCAGUGUGCAAGAAAUCCUGAACACCAUUCCCUCUCUCUCUGAGAAAGACCAUGGCACAUUUGUGAACUUGGAUGGGAAAGUCCUUCCCUGGUAAAACACCAAACAAUCUGCUUGUCUGCACUGCAGAAGGAACCCCUCACUACCACAGGCAACAAAAACACCUGAGAAGAGAUGCUUUUUUUCUACUUCUUUAAAAAAUACAUAUUCAGCUGAAACUCUCACCAUCUAGCCUUCCUUUGAACUAUUCUGUGUCAUGAAGUUAAUUCCUAGUGGCUUUUGCAGUCUCGCUUGCUUGUAUUUCUUUUUAACAGUGCAAGUCAUCUGUUAACUCAUUUAUU